AUGUCAAAGGUUGCUAAGGUUGAUCAAAGAGUUAAGGAAUAUCUGGAGAAAGCUAGGUAUGAAAAAUGGGCUCGGUGUCACUCUCCUGUGAAUAGAGGUAGAAUGAUGACUUCAAAUAAAGCCGAAUGUAUUAAUGGUUGUUUGGUUGAGGCUAGAAAACUUCCAAUUCUAGGUUUCCUAGAAGAAGUUAGAAUCUUAUUUGCUGCAUGGAAUUGUAAGAAUAAUGAAAUUGCAUCUUACACCAAUACAACUCUUAGCAUAAGAUUUGAAGAAAUGCUUACUCAUAAUGGUGUUAAGCCACUAGGGAAUUAUCUUUAUUGUGUUUAUGAUUCGAUACAGAGGUACAUUGUAGAUAUUGAGCGUGACACGUGCACUUGUGGUCGGUAUCAAAUUGAUGAAUUACCUUGUCCACAUGGAAUUGCCGUAUUAAAAAUUAUAAAUAUGGAUGUAAAGGAUUAUGAUCGUUAUUGCUCUGAAUUAUACAGGCCACAAACCAUAGUGAAGACAUAUGAACUCCCGAUAGUUCCAAUGCCAGACAAGAAGGAUUGGAAUGUUCCAGGUUUUGUUGAUGAUGAAGAAGUUUUGCUGCCCAAAUAUCGAAGACCUCCUGGUAGGCCAAAAAAAGGAAGGCAUUUGAAUCAAGUGAAUCACUGUCUUCAAAUUCGAACCGCUGCGGUAAAUACGGACGAGCCGGUCACAACCGUCGGACUUGCGGUUUCUUUCCGAAGGAAACAUGAUGAAGAUAAUAUGUUUUUCUACUUGCUGAUGGUUUGA